AUGCCCACCUGUGAAGUGUGCUCGAAAGAAGCAUCCAAAUACAAGUGCCCAACUUGCGGCUUGCUGAGCUGUUCUCUCGCUUGUACAAAAUCACACAAAAUCUACUGCGCACCGAAGCAAGAUACAACUGCGGCCAACCAUUUCCCGGAGCAGCCAUCCGAGGAUUCGCAGAGUCUCGCUAAGCAGGAAGAAAGCGCCAAAGGACCCAUACCCUUGGGAGAAAUUCAAAAGCUCUUUGCAGAAUAUCCCAAUCUUCGCACCAAAUUACGAGAGAUCUACAAGAUCACUUUGGAGGAAGAAUGGGACGCAGAGCAAAAGCACAGCACAUACCACCGCGGCGAUCGACAGGCUCAUAAUCAUCACCAUCAUCACAACAAUCGUGGAACCUGGACUACAGAAAAAGGACUCAACCGUGGAGUGGGCAAAGUUAGACGAUGGAGAGAAGGCUGUGAAGGUGGAGAGUGCACGGACGCUGAUGCCGAGGGUUUUAUGAAGUUUAUGGCCCUGGUUGCAGGCGAGCACGAAGUCAGACAGACUCCGUUUUUGCAAAAGCCAAAAGCACCGACGAUCCAAUCUUUUCUUACCGCCUCGUUAAAGUCGGCGGGACCGGUCACCAACCGCGUCCCCAUCGACGACGAACAGCCUACCACCGUGGCUCUCAAUGUCCCCGGUUCCAGAAAUGGCCGCAGCAACUCACAUCCAGUGCGACCAAACACCCCUCCGUCUGGAACUCGGAUGAACCCAGCUGCCGCAGCAGCAGCUCGCAGACCUUCCUCCCCCGGCAUCUCGAGCAAUUCCCCUCUACGCCAGAGCGCUCUGCGGACAACUUGGCGUCACAGUGCCGGAUCGGCAGAUGCAUUCAGUUCAUUCUUGGACAUGGAAGAGGAGACCGACGAUGGUGUGCGAAGCAGGCCGGCCAGCUCAGAGAAUGUGCCCGAGAAACACAUGUACGAAACGGCGGCGCCGAGUGACCCCGGAGUCACCUUCGAAGAAUUGAUCGAGCGACUCAUCGCGUUGCCCAUGUCGAAACAGGACGCCAAGUUUAGUGCUAUAUUCUUAUGUCUAUACCGGAAGUUCGCUGCCCCGUCGACGUUACUUAAUGCUCUUAUCACUCGAUUCGAAAAUACCGAACGAAGCGACUUACCUCAAUUGACACGGGCUUCUGAACAAUUACGGCUUCUUCAAGUGAUUGCCCAAUGGGCCUCAGAAUACCCAGGGGAUUUCGCAAAUCCCAAGACACGUCAGAGAUUAGUCGAUUUUGUCGACUCCAUCGAAGAUAGUCAUGUGUACAUGUUCGCCGCGAAGGAAAUAAGCCUACAUCUGGAACUACGGGUAGAGGAUGAUGAUCUUGGGUGGCCUUUCCGGGAUGGAGAAGAUGGCGAAUCAUCAGAGGGAACUGGGUCAUCACACUUGUCGCCAUCAACCUCAUUUAUGCACUCCUCAUUCUCGGAGAAUGUGCUCAAUAAUAUCAGCUCUCUAGACUUGUCCGACGAGCCGACGAACGAGUCCAGAGAUUCGGGAACAAUAUCCUCGAUAUCGAGUACCGGCAGAUCGGUCUCGACCAUGACACAAGCCUCCUCGGCUAUACUAGCGUUAGAGAGUGCCCAGCGAGAGGCAAUGAGUCUGGAACUCACGUCUCGAUAUGUCCUCACCAAGAUACAAUGGCGGCAGUUCAUGGAGAUCCCGGAUGACGACUUUGCUCGAGAGCUUACUCGCAUUGACUGGGCGAUGUUUACCUCUUUCAGACCACGAGAUCUUGUACGUCACGUCAGCCUAUCUGGGGCCGAGAAGGGCAAUUCCAAAUCAUUGCAGAAUGUGAACCGUAUGAUUCAAGAGUUCAAUCAUCUCGCCCUUCUCGUCGAAAAUAUGAUACUACUCCGAGACAAGGCCAAACAUCGAGCAAAGGCCAUGGAGAAAUUUAUGAACAUUGCAUUAAGGCUUCGCCGUUUGAAUAACUACAACUCUUUAGGCGCAGUCAUGGCGGGKAUCAACGGCACACCUGUCCAACGACUAGCACAAACGCGGGAAUUGAUACCACUCUCAGUACAAAAAGAUUUCUUGCGACUUGUAAUUUUGAUGGGCACGCAAAAGAGUCAUUUUGCAUAUCGCCUGGCGUGGGACAAUUCAUUCGGAGAGCGCAUUCCAUUCCUACCGCUUCAUCGGCGCGACCUGGUAUCGGCAGAAGAAGGCAACAAGACGUUUGUCGGCGAUAACAAGGAUCGCAUCAAUUGGAAGAAGUUUGAGAUUAUGGGUGAUGUGGUUCUUGCCAUUCAGCGCAGUCAACGCACGCCGUAUCCGUAUAUUCAGAAAAAUGAAGAGGUGCAGCGGAUGGUGCUGGAUGCUAAGAUGUUUGAUGAAGAGGAACUAUAUUCUCGAAGCGUGCAAGUGGAACCUGCUGGCGGUGCAAUCGACAGAACCAAGCCGUGGGGCCCUCGCUGGCUACGAACUUGA